AUGGUUGAAAUGGAGCUCACUCGUGACAAGGACUUUGAAAAACGUGCUCAAUAUUACAUUGCCAAAGCUUCUCAAGGCUAUCUGGUGGAUUUACAAAAGAUUUUCUUUAUUACAAUAUCAAACUGCACUUUAUUUCCCGAUGAGUGAGUCAAUUAUAUAUCCAGCCAUACCAUAAGAGACGAUGAAACUAGUAAGCAUGAUUUACAAGAUUUUCAAUUCGUGUUCAUUGAACUAUCUAAAUUUCCUAAAGGUAAAGUAGACUAAUUAACAAGCAUAGUAGAACGCUGGUGUUUCUAUGCAGAAGAAAUAACAGAUAAAAACUUAAAAAAGAUAGCAGGAGAAGUAUUAAUCAUAAAUUAAGCAUAUGAUGAGUUAAACAAGUUUCACUGGGAUGAAAAGUACCUAACAGCGUAUGAAGAAAGAAUAAUGAAUCUGUACAGAGAGGAAGCUAUCCUUGAACAGAAACUU